AUGGAAGUCGCGACCGCGACCCAGCCAAAGACGGAAGGGGCUCCGCACCCGACUGAGGAAGCCACUCCCGGCCAGAGUCGCAUCGCCCAUACCUUGACUGCCUGCUGUCGCUGCAGGACGGGCAGGAAGAUACCCCGCAACUAUGUCGUACACCUGCAACAAAAGGUGCGCCAGCUCGAGAAGCAGCUGGCUGAUCUCGAAAAGGAUGACGUCGAGCCGGACCCAGAAGAUGUCAUGCGCGGAGCUGCCACGGUGCGCGUACAGGAUUCAGACGAGUCAAAGUUCCUAGGGCCCUCAAGCGGCAUCACCAUAACUCGUCUGGUGAUGCAACUGGCCAAGCAGUUUACCGAGUCCAAGAGCAUCUCCGAGAUCGUUCCUCACGCACAAGCAAAGGAUAUCAGGGAAACAUUUACCCAGGAAGACCAGCGGCCCACGUCCAAGAUAUACCCCAUGGUGAGCGAUGUCGCUGCGGAGGAGCUCCCAAAUCGAGACCUCACCAACCUGCUCGUUGAGCUAUUCUACUGCAAAGUGCAUCCCAUGUACCCAAUCUUCCACGAACCCACCUUUACCAAAGACGUCGAUGAUGUGUACAACGGCUCUACUGACCCCUACCAAAACUACUGCUUGCGUAUGGUGAUUGCUAUUAGUCUGCAGAAGAUGGACACUCAGUAUGCAGGUCUUGCCGACAGCUACUAUCUCGCAGCUCUCAAGUACUUUGAAGCUGCCAUAAAGCCAAUGAACCUCAAGACCCUCCAGUGUUUCUGUCUAGUUGCAGGCUACUCCCUCCUCACCCCGACGAGAACGGCAGUCUAUUACGUGGUCGGGCUCGGUGUGCGACUAUGCCAAGCUCUGGGCCUGCAUGAAGAAAAGACCAUUAGUAUGGGACCGGGUGGCCGUUGUGCGGACCCUCUCGAAGUCGACAUGCGUCGCCGCAUGUUCUGGAGCAUGCUUACCAUGGACUACGGCUUAUCGCACAGCCUGGGUAGACCUGCUCACUUUGCGACACGGCGAGAACACAUCGACGUCAAGUUUGGAGAGCUGGUCGACGAUGUCUACAUUACUAGAGAAGCCAUACGCCCUGCGCCCCAAGCCUCCCUCAAGAAAUGGAUCGGCAUACACUUUUACAAGAUGCGUUUGCUGCAGCUGGAGAUACGCAAGAUGCUGUACCAAAAGAAAAAGCCGGAACCAAAAGACGACAAGCACCCCUGGUUUGCCCAAAUGCAGGCAAAGAUUGAGGCUUGGCGGGACACAAGCCCCGAGAUGGAUGGCGGAUCAGGGCUGAACAAAGUCUGGUUCAUCGGGCGAUACAAUACCAUGGUUGUCUUCAUGUACCGUCCUUCUCCACAGGUUCCUCGACCUUCGGUCCAAGCAGCAAUUCGCUGCUUCGAUGCGUGCCAGUACAACAUCUACAUGACCAUGAAACAGAUUGAAACCAAAAGUGUCGACGUCACCUGGAUCUUCACCCAAGCCAUCUUCAUGUGCAUCAACACCAUGCUCUGGACCCUGUCAUACUCCGAGGUGCGGAACCGUCACACUCGGGACGAGGUAGAAGGCCAUCUCAACGUCGCCAUGGAGUCAAUCAGACAGGCCUCGGAGCGAUGGCCUGGUGUUGCAUCAGCCAUUGGUCUGUACUACAACCUCAUUGCUGCUUGCAUGCGUAUCUUCGACAAGGAUGGCGAUGUUCCCAUCUCGGCCAGCUCUCCAUCGGACACGGCUUCUGUUGGGACCGGCAUGGUAGAUGGUGUCAAUCGCUCGCGAACCACCAGCCCCGCCACCGCAUCCACUGCAUCAGUGCGCACGCCUUCGGAGAAGGUAGCAGCACCAUUCGGCUACCUCCCGAACCAAAAUCAACAAUUAUUCAACUUCACUAACGGCCAUGUAAACGCCACAAACCCCUUCUCUAGUGCCCAACCUACACAGCAGGCAGAUCUGCAAACUUCGCCUCAACAACCAUCACCGAUGGCAUACAAUGAUAUGAGCCCCAAGACAACCAUGGAGAAUCACAUCCCCAUGUACAACUAUCCACCAACAACGCAGUUCACGUCACUUCCAACCACCUUUGCCGAGCUACCUCAAUGGAAUCCUACAUUCACGAUGCCUCCUCAGGACAACUACAAUCAAAUGCCGAUGGCAUCGCCCUACUACAACGAAUCAUACGCGGCGAACCAAGGCUACGAAAUGGCAGACUACCUCAAUCCGGCCUGGAGCCAAGAUGCGAGAGGGUCUGGACUGAACCAGCAGCAGCAAAUGGAGCUAAUGCACGACUUUGAGAUGAAGGAAGCAAAGAACAUUGAGAUGAUGAUCGAACAGAGUCACCAGCUCUUCCCGCCGCCCCAAUUACAGACAUACUGA